AUGAAGGCCACCCCGUUGCUCAUCUCAUGGCACAAUGACAAUGCCCCUAUCUACUCGGUGCAUUUCGAUCCCAAUGGCAAGGGCCGCUUAGCUACUGCUGGAAAUGACAACAACGUCCGACUUUGGAAAGUCGAGUCUACCGGGGAGGAACGCAAGGUCUCGUACCUGAGCACUUUGAUUAAGCACACACAGGCUGUCAAUGUGGUUCGAUUCAGCCCAAAAGGCGAGAUGCUGGCGUCUGCUGGAGAUGACGGAAAUGUUUUGCUCUGGGUACCAUCGGAGCUGCAGACACAAGCUGGGCUGGGUGAAGAUCCCUCGGACGAUAAAGAGACCUGGCGAGUGAAGUAUAUGUGUCGCUCGUCUGGUGCGGAGAUCUACGACCUCGCCUGGUCUCCUGAUGGAGUCUUCAUCAUUACAGGCAGCAUGGAUAACAUUGCACGAAUCUACAAUGCUCAGACUGGGCAAAUGGUACGACAGAUUGCCGAGCAUUCUCACUAUGUUCAGGGUGUAGCAUGGGAUCCGCUUAAUGAGUUCGUCGCGACUCAGUCAUCCGACCGCUCCGUGCAUAUCUACAGCUUGAAGACCAAAGAUGGACAAUUCACAUUGACUCCGCACGGCAAGGUCUUGAAGAUGGAUCUCCCUGCAAAGAGAAUCGCCUCCGCUAGUCCUGCGCCCCCUGAUGUGAAUCAUCGAUCUCAGCCGAGUGGAAGUUUAGCAAUUGCCUCGCCUGGGCCCUCGGCCCCAGGAACCCCAAUGGCUUCUAAUCUACCCAUGGACCCUCCGCCAGUCUCGCACAGUCGGCGUUCCUCAUUCGGCUCGUCACCUUCAAUCAGACGAUCUGCCUCUCCUGCUCCGUCUCUACCAUUGCCUGCUGUCAAGCCACUGGAGGUUUCCUCCCCGAGCCUUGGUGGCCUCGGAGUCAAGAACGCCAGCAUCUACGCCAAUGAGACCUUUACAUCCUUUUUCAGGCGAUUGACUUUCGCUCCUGAUGGAAGUCUAUUGUUCACACCAGCCGGUCAAUUCAAGACCUCUAAUAUCUCAGCUACGGACCCUACAAAGACGACCGACGAGAUCAUCAACACGGUUUACGUCUACACUCGAGCUGGCUUCAACAAGCCACCAGUCUCCCAUCUCCCAGGGCACAAGAAACCCUCCGUAGCUGUCAAAUGUUCCCCGAUCUUUUACACGUUGAAGCAAGGCACUCAGCCCGCCAAGAACAUCACGCUUGAUACGUCUUCAGCCGAAGAGAUGUUCCCAUCUCUUCCAGAUCCUGUGGUAUCGGCACACCCAUCAGUUACCAGCCAACCGACAAUGGAGCCGCCGUCUGCAACCCCAGCCGAGCCAUCAAAACUCCAGCCAUCUCCCAAGUCCGCCGAGAUCGGCAGCAGUGAACCAAGCCCGAGCUCAGCGCCGGUCUUCGCGCUUCCCUAUCGCAUCGUAUACGCAGUUGCCACUCAAGAUGCUGUUCUAGUAUACGACACGCAACAAGAAACUCCGCUAUGCAUUGUGAGCAACUUGCAUUUUGCUACUUUCACCGAUCUAACCUGGUCUUCCGACGGAUUAACCUUGAUAAUGAGUUCAUCCGACGGCUUCUGCUCCACCCUCUCAUUCGCCCCCGGAGAACUAGGCCAACCCUACAACGGCCCAACCUCCGUAUCCCAUAACACAAACUCCACCACCCCAGUGAACAACACCACACCACUCGCAACACCAAUGCACGCCUCAUCCCCACACGUAGUUCCGUCACCAGUCAAAACAACCCACACUCCAACAAACACCGGCCCCGCCCCCCCAGCAAGUCCAGCCCGUUCCACCUCCGCCUGCUCAGUAGCAACACAGUCUUCCUCACAGCCAACCCCAGCAGCAGUCAUGAACAACCCAACCCCAACCCUCGGCAACGUCCCCUCCGUCACAGCAACCCAUUCCGCACACCCACCAGCCCUCCCACUAACAACCCCACCACAAACCCCCGUCUCCAGCGUCCCGCAAACUGGGAACGGGCCCGCGGCGACGGUCAGUGUGUUGGGGAAGCGAGAAGUGAGGCCUGCGAGUGACUCGGAAAAGGAUGAGUAUAAGGAUAGUCCUGCUGUUUUGCAGCAGCCGCCGAAGAAACGGCGUGUUGCGCCGACGCUUGUCUCGUCUAAUGAGGCGUCUUCUUCGAAAGAUGGUUCCUCGUAA